GCCCUUGCAAGAAAACAUCAUCAGCAGCUCUCUGAAGCAAGAGGUGGCUGCGGAGAAUGAAGUCUCUGGCCAGAAGCCAGAAGAGAAGCCAAAGGAUCCAGAGGUGGAGAAAGUCAAGCAUAGACAGGUGGAGAUGGACUCUGUCAUGGCCCAGAAUCCGUUCUCAGGACUGGAGAGUGCCUUGAAAGCCCUCCAGAGCGCUGAGGACGUCCCAGAUUGCAAUGGCCAUGACGUGCCCCCACCGAGGGUGGAGGAUGGCGGGGAGAGCACUGAAAGGUUGGAGCAUGCACCGGAGACGACGAGAACGGAAACGGAGGGGAAGCUCCCAGGAGCCGAGGCUCCAAGGCAAGAGGAAAUAGAGGCCAGUGGGGUCUCUCGGGAGAACGAAGACUUCUUUGCAAAUCAUGGAGGUUUGUCCACAGACACGGGUGCUAAAGCUGAAAUCGGUGAUAUCCCGGAAGAAGGCAAGGACAAGGAGGGGAAAGCUGGUUUGCUUGUGCUGGAGCAGAUGGGAGAUAUACAUGUCCAAGGCCUGAAAAGGAGAAGGGAGGAGGAUGGAGGAAAGAAGAGAGAAAAAAAGAAAGGGAAAAGGGACCUGAAGGAUGGCAGAGAGGAGCUGGGGCAGAAAGAGAAGCCGAAGAAGGAGGGUGCUCCCGGGAAGGGAAGGAGCCAUGGGAAGAGCGAUGCCCCGAAGGAAAGCAAAGCCAAGAGAGCGAGAGUGGGUGCCAAAGCGGUGUUGGCAGAGGACGGCAAGGUGGAAAAGGACAGGAAAGGGGGAUGUGACCAUGAUAGGGAAGAGGAAAAAGGAGGGAGUGUGGAAGAGGAGGACCACGCACAGAAAGGCGAGGAUGAACUGCAGCCAGGGCAAGCAGAGGACGGGGUCGGGUGGGCAGAGGGAGCAACACCGGAGGAGCCCCGGGCAAGCCCGGGAGGGGGAGGGGAAGAGACCGGGGGGGGGGAAAAAGGGAAAGAGACAGAGGGAGGGAAAAAGCAUGUCCGGGCGGAGAAGGCAGCAAAGAGCCAGAAGGAGAAAGGCCUGAAGGAAGAGCCAGAAGUGGAGAAGACGGAGGAAGGGGAACGGAGGGGAGGUGUGAAGGGAGUGAAGGAAGAAGAGGAAAGUGAGCCGGAGAGAGGGGGAGACGGAGGAAUAAAGGAGGAGUGCGAGGGCAACGGGCUGGGGAAAAGUGAGAGCGUCGAGUCCGAUGAGAAAGUGAAGGUGGAAAAUGGCCUGGAGGACGAGAAAGAUGCAAAGACUAAAGCCAAGGGGGAAAAACCAGCCAAGCGGAGGAAAGCCAAGGAAGAAAACGCACCCAAAGAGAAGGGCAAGAAGGCGUCGGAGAAGCCGGAGAAGGAGGGUCCGGCUCAGAAAAGGAAAACCGCAGAAGAGGGAGACAAGAAGAAAAGCAAGAAGGCGAAGACGGAGGAAAAUGAGAAGGAGAAAAAGAAAAAGGAAGAAGAGAGUAAAUGGAAGUGGUGA